ACACUGGUGUUGCAAUAGUAAGUUAAAUGGCAUUGGUAGUAUCAUGUCUUGUCUACAAACAGUAGAAGUAUUUAAGAUGCAACUGACAAUAUAGUUUCUGAAAUAAUUUAAUUAAACUUAAAACUGCUUCUGUACAGUCCAUGACUGUCUUGAGUCAAAAUCAAGAGAAGCUUUGACCUUUGAGAAAGAAGAAUGGAUGUCAUGGAUACACAUGUAAACAUACCACCCAUAGACUUUAGUUACUUCACAGCUACAUUUACAGAAGUGAGUGGCGUUGAAUAAAAAUAUUACAAUUUAGCUUAAUUUUAUUUGAACAGCUUUUUUUUAAACAAUGCUAAAAAGUCCAGUAUUGGGAACGGAGUGCUUACUGGGAGACCCGACGCUGGAAGAGGAAUUCAGGCGGUUAAAAAAGCGAGAUUUGACAGAGACGUACUUAUUUCAACUGGCAUGUGGUUCGCUGGGACCACAAAAAUGCAGUGGUAGUGCCUUUAGGAAACAUAUAAUGGAUAAGAUGAAAACAUCAACUCAACCACAGCCGAAACACCUUGACGCUCGACCUGCUAUACCUGCGUCAGAAAACAGAGGCGCUGCUGGGUUCUACUCGCGUUUCCCUGUAGACAAGCCAGCGGAACACCCGGACUGUAUCAGGGACAUGAAAGCGUUAAGAGAAGCGCUAGAAGGGAUGGGAGAUCUACGCAGGUGGCUCCAUAAUAAACCCAUUCUGACCGACUUGGAGUUUGCCGUCAUGGAACAAGACCGAAAAGCUAAGCGGAUGUCAUCACUCCUCACAGAAACAAGAUUCGUUCGACCACCACCAGAUUCGGUUACUUCUCCGCUGGCUCUCAGACGUGAAGUUGAAGGAGUGAACAACUUUGUGCGCAUGUGUGAUGCCUGCAACCUCUCCAAACUCUUAGACUGGAAUGAGACUGGUAAAUUAAAGCGUGUAGACCUCUGUGCUCUGUUUAAGAAGGAAGGCUUCUUCAUACAACCUGAGCGUCUGAAUGUGCUGAUGUCCUUAUUGAAAAGUAAGAAUGGAAACUCAGUAACUGUGGAAGACCUGGCUGCUGGUAUUCAGGCCUGGAGCAGAAAGUAUCAGGAAAAGGAAGAACAACAAUCAAACCCAGCUUAUUGGAAUGCAGACUAUGAUAAAACAAUUGGGUCAAGACAUCAUCCUCCAGUGCAUGGAGAGGAGAAAGAUGACCAGGAGGGCUUGCAGGAUGUGGAGGUGUUAGUGAUCAUGCGGAGAGUUCUGGCAGCCAGCAAGACCUCUUGCCCUUCUUCUCUGAGUGGCCCAGUGGGCAGAGAAGUGGAUCGUUUCAGUAGACUUUCUUUCAGAGAAUACCAAAAAACACUGGAGCAAUGCCAACGACAAGGUCUUAAUGUGAGCCAGGCUACACUACAGAAAGUUCUGGUGCUCCCUGGUGACAUGAGCUUGUCUAGCAUCAGAUUAGGAGGGAAAGGUCACUUCAGGACAACCAGAGUUGAAGGUGGAGGACAUAAGGGCCACAAAGAGAUGAAGAAGCAGUCAGUUUGCUGGGCGGACCCUAAUGCUUUCUGGCCAGGAAGGGAAGAUCAUGUGCGCUUGUUUCUGCCUGUAAUGACAAGCUCUGCUGCAAUGGUUUUAUUUCAGCGUAUUGAACGUACUGCUGUGCCAAGUCCUGGACACUGGCCUGUAAAUCAUUUAGGAUACUCAACCUCUGGAGACAUAGAAGCUUGUAAAACAUACACCCUCUAGAACAUC